AGACAUUUUUGAGGAUUACAGAAUUUAGAGAAAAAAAAAAGUUAAUCAUGUGCCAGUCCGGAUUUGUCCGCUGGUCCUUGAUUUUGACACAUGUGACCUAUCAUCUAACAGGUUAAUGUCUGUGAGUGUGCGUGUGUUUUAGUUUUACUGUUUUUUUCUUUUUAUGUGUGUAUGUUUGUGUCUUUGAAUACAUGUCUGUUUGCGACUGUGCGGUGUGACUGCAGGUGUUUGUCUCUUUUUGUGUGUCUUUGUAUGCUCAAUUGCAUCAUGUUUCGACAAGCCAAUAAAUUGUGACUGUACCCGAUAAGCGUUUUCCACUCACCCUCCCACUCGACGUUCAUUGCGAGGCUCGUAUUUUGGUCUGAGUGGUGAAAAUGAUUGGGUGCUUUCCCGCGUGUGCGUGUUGUGUGCACGUGUCUGCAGUCUCACCAGUGCAAUUGGCUUUUCUCUCUUUCCUGCUCUCAAGGGAGGAUUCAGGCCCAUCCAGGUAACACAUUUGCACCGGCAGACCUGCAUGGCAUGAUGAUGAUGACGAUGAGGGUCAUCCCAAAAGGCUCUUCUGUCCCCUCCUACCAUUCACAUGACGGACCUCGGGUGUCGACUUUUGUCUUUGUAGAGAGAGCAGGGGAGGGGAACCUUUUAAUCUAAAGUCUCUAAAAUGUCACACCAAAUUUAAUAACAAAUCCUGCUGCAGCAAUCAAACUUAUUAUGUAUAAACUUUUGUUUAUUGCCCACUGUUUGUUGGUUCCCCGCCCUUAGCAGAAACACUGACUUUUGUCCUUUGAUUAUUUUCCAUUUUUUUCUUUCUGUAUGACUAAUAUCCUAACCAGCUUGCACGCAAACAGCAUGCAGCAUUAAUGUGUGACAUACGUUUUACUAACAUUUCAUUCUUUUUCCUCAAAUACUCAGACUAUGUGUAGAGACCCCCGUCCCCUGAUGUACUGUUGCAUUUCCAGGAGGUUUAUUUUAGGUCCACCUCACAAGACAAUCUGUUGUCUUAAUCUUUUCUCUGAUACACUUCCCAGAUAUCCACUGCGCAGUUUACGAGAAAAGUAAUUGAACUUGAUUUAUUAUGUGAAUGUAGUAGAGCUUUUCUACUUCAACCUUUAUCAACUAAUUUAAUCCUUUCUAAUGGCUAAGUAUUAAUCAGAUUUAAGACAGUCAAUGAACUUUUCUUUGAGAAUGCUCAUCUUUCAGUGCCAUUGACAGCACUAGAUGUCCAAUCCAUUUUGACUGGGAGCCCCCCCAGUCAAAAUGGACUCUUUCCGUCAAUGGCAGCAAAUGAGUUAAAUUGCCUUAGAAAAAUUACUUUUGAAGUUCAUUUUCCUUGCAUUAAUCCCCAAAUUAGUGGAAGCUUUAUAAAUGUGUCAUAUCUCAACUGGUUUAAAUCAUUCCAAUUUAACUCAUUCACUGCCAUUGAAAGUGAUGACAUUGAAUGAUCACAUUACAGUGAUAUUGGCAAUCGCAGCCAAUGAGUUAAUUUAUGAAAAACAUUAAAGGUGUUAGAGAGGUAAUACUGAGCAUUUUCCCUUGUUUCAGUGUUUUAAGUGGUCAUUUGAAAAGGGUACUGCUGUCAAUGUAAAAAAAAUAUGUUUUAUAGGUUUAAAAUUGUUUUAGAGCAAGCUGGUUCAUCUGUUGUCAUCAAUGGCAGCUAAUGAGUUAAGGAUAAUAAAAUAUAAUAAAAACUCCAGUUAAAAGAAUACUGUUUUUGAAGAAUUCCAUACAUUUGUUGAUUUUUUUAAAAAAUGAAUGUUUAAAGGACCUUUAGCUACUUAUUCAGUUUUUGCAAAUUACCACAAUCUCCAUUUCCUAGAUUUCUAAUUCAUCAUGUGACAGUUAUAGAUAUGUCAAGUUUUCUCCCUUUGUUUUGGGGCUAUUUUUGGCUCCAUUCUUCGCGGCCAACAAAUUCCUGCAGAUUCAGUAGCCAGACAUUGAUCUGUUUAUCCUGUAUUUUACAGUACAUUCUUGAUCACUUCCGCAUGAAAUUGGUUAGUCAUACACAAGUCUCAAGGACUUUGCCCGAAAUUGAACAGGCGCUCAGGCAUUUUAGUUUGAAUCACACAAUUGAGGCCAAUUCUUGAACUUGUACUUUAACUCCAUCUAGGGAGGUAAAGCAAUGAAAACAAAUCCAAGACAGAUGGAUGAAUGACUAAGAUAAAAUUGUCUAUGCCAUGUAAUGAGGACAGAACAUAGUUUCAAAGUCAGACGAUCAUUUUGAGGAUUCGUCGUUAAAAAUGGGAAGAGCUAUUUUAAAGAAAAAUAGACAUUUAAAAAUGGUACGAGGCAGCUUAUCAUUUCCUGUCUCGAAAACUCAAGAUCCUUUCAUAUGGAUCAAUGUCAUUGUCAGCAGUCAAAACAUAUAUUUUUGAUCAGUUCAAUCUGUUUUGUUGCAGUUUUGUGCUGCCAGCUAUAUUUUUUCUCAACAAUCACUCAUGCUGACUUAAAUCACUAAACCAAUCAGGCAGGCAGCUUGAAGAAGCCGUUCGACAGUGUACGAUGUAAAUUCUGAGUUGUGGCUUUCAUGAAAUGUAAGCACUCCAGGUCAUAUAGCUUAUUUGAAAAAUGGAUGCAGAUUUUUUUUUUUUACCUCUCCAUUAUGACACAAUUAUUGAAUAAAAGUAAGGGAAAGUGUGAAAUGGGCUUUCUUACCAUGAGCUGGAUGUAUUUCGAACCAAAAAUAAAUAAUGCAAUGCUGAUUACUUGGCGGUUUCACAAAGAACAGAGCUUUCUGUGAUGUCACAAUAGGAACCUUCUGUGUUUGCUCCCAUCAUGACAGAUGCAAACUACUGUCUUCAAACAACAAUUGUUAUUUUGUCUAAUUUUUGAUGGCGAGCGGCUGCUUAUCCUUUAGAGAGUAUGUCCAGUGGAAAGCUUAGUUUUUUAACUUAUGCCAAGCUUAAAAGCUCAAGUUUUUCCAGAGGACUCAGAUGCAGACUGCAAGGCCCACCAUCCCCACGAACACCCCCACCAUACGACCCGGAUCCCAGGCUCCAACGGCAGCCGUCUACCCCACUAAUCAAGCCAUCAUGAUGACCAUGGCGCCCAUGCCUUUCCCGUCACCACAGGCUGCACCGUACUACAUCCCACCGUAUCGCCACAGCGCUGCCUAUGUGGCGCCUCCUCAGCAGUAUUCUGUCCAGCCCCCAGGGUCAGGUACCUUCUAUCCAGGUCCAGGACCAGGGGAAUACCCGUCCCCGUACCAUCCCCUCAGGUACCACCCACCUGUGUCACCCUCAGUUCCUGCCCCCGUUCCCACAGCUGGCCCGCCCUACUACCCAGGGCAGACCGUGUACUCGGCCUCGCCGCCUAUCAUAGUGCCUACACCACAGCAACCUCCACCAGCCAAGCGCGAGAAGAAAACAUCCUCACAGAUUCGUAUCCGUGACCCCACUCGGGGUGGACGGGACAUCACUGAGGAGAUUAUGGCGGGGGGUUCGGGGAGCAGGAACUCAACGCCCCCCGUCGGCCCGCCUUCCUCUACUCCAACACCCCCUCAGCAGUCGCUGAGCAGCAGGCAGACUCCGGAGCUGCAGUCGCCCUCGCAGUCGCAGCACGCCACUUCUGGAGGCUUUGUGCCAGAACCCUCUGCGCCCUCGCAGCAGCCGCAGCAGGCAACGACAACAGAGGCCCUCGACACCAAACUAGGGCCAGAUGAGACACCAAAAUUGGAGGCGUUUGUGGAAAAGUCUUCCUCACCUGUGCUGCUGCAGCCGGAAGCUCCCCUAGAAAGACUGGAAGUUGGCCCUCUUGUAGUAGAGAACUCUUCCACUGUUGAACCACAACUUGCUUUUGCUGCCUCAGAGCCAGCCCUAAUGACCCUCCCGACCACGGCCGUCAACAGCGGUGACCGGCCCCCUUCAACUGCUUCAUUCUCUUCUAAGGCACCUUGUAAUACCAAUGCUGACAAACCGAUCUCGGCUGCUCCCUCUCGGAUUCUGACAGUCUCACCUUCACCAGUUCCCAAGGCUGUGAACGGCAUUGCAGAUCCUGACACCGAACUGGAGACUUCGACCCCUGAACCACCUCUGGCGUCCCCAUGCGGAGCACGUCCUCUUGCUUCUUCUCCCGCUUUCCAAGACGCCUCUUCAGAAACCUUACCCUCUGACAUUAGGCCUGAAGUGCCAAUUGCUGCUGAUCUAGCUCCCAUGGCGUCUUUGGCGGUGGUGCCCGUUGCCCUGACGUCAAGCUCUGCCACUGCUUUGCAAGUCAUGCUACCCCCUGGUCUUCCGCCUCUGGUGCAGGCCGCUGCAGAGACCGACGAGCUGAAGCAGCCCCAGGACAGCAAAGAUCUCGUCUCCAGGAUGGGGGGAGAGGAACCUGGAGUCAUUACUGAAGCAGAGUCCCAGCUUAAUUUGUUCACUAGGAAGAGCCCCACUACAGUAAAUCAGGCUACCACUGCUAUACCAAAGACCUGGAGGAAACCAAAUGAAUUGCUCCAUGCCGGAGAUGCACACCAGAAGGAGAACGAGGAAGAGCCUCAGCCUGUAGAUUCGGUUGCUGUGGAACCAAGGCUGCAGUUGGGUCUACCCCUGGCCCCACCAUCAGUCAUCUCCUCUGCCGACAGCCCGGCUCCUACGGGCAGCCCUGAGACCAACAGGAAACUAGCUGUCCCAGAGGAGAAUGGCGAUACUGAACCGGAGCCCUUAAGGAAUGGCGCUGGCCACAUGUCAGAGACAGAGAGUAGUGACAGCGGCGUUUCGCCAGGGGAAAAGGACAGUUCCACCGGGGCCUCGCAGGACAUAGAGGACCUGUCUGAUCCCAGCAAGAAACGACAAUACGACAGGGGCUUCCUGUUGCGUUUCCAGUUCAUGCCCGCCUGCAUACAAAAACCCGAGGGUCUCCCACCUAUCAGCGAUGUGGUGCUCGACAAGAUGAAUCAAAACAAGUUGCCUUCUCGAGUUGUGGAUCCUAGGGUGAUUUCCAGGGGACCUGAUUUCACACCGUCUUUCGCCGACUUUGGUAGACAGAUGAGUGGUGCACGAGGCACUAUGCUCAUGAACAUGGGCACGCGGCGGCCUCCUCCCAGGAAGAUCAUCAUGAACGUGUCGGUGAACGACGAAGUUAAACUGCAGAAAGCAGAGAACGCAUGGAAGCCUGGCGCUAAGCGGGAGUGUGUGGAUGAGGACCCUGAGACGCUCAGAACACAGGAGCUCUUCAGGAAAGUGCGCAGCAUCCUGAACAAGCUUACACCUCAGAAGUUCGGCCAGCUGAUGAAGCAGGUAACGGACCUCACCAUCGACACGGAAGAGCGACUCAAGGGGGUGAUCGACCUGGUUUUCGAGAAGGCCAUCGACGAGCCGAGCUUCUCUGUGGCCUACGGGAACAUGUGCCGUUGCCUCGCUGAGCUCAGAGUGCAAAUAGCUGACAAGCCCAACAACACGGUCAACUUUCGCAAACUGUUACUACACCGCUGCCAGAAGGAGUUCGAGAAGGACAAAGUGGACGACGUGGUGUUUGAGAAGAAGCAGAAGGAGCUGGACUCUGCUGAUUCAUCCACGGAGCGUGAGCGGUUGCAGGAAGAGCUAGAAGAGGCGAAAGACAAGGCGCGGCGGCGAUCCAUCGGCAACAUUAAGUUCAUCGGUGAGCUCUUCAAGCUCAAGAUGCUGACGGAGGCCAUCAUGCACGACUGUGUCAUCAAGCUGCUGAAGAACCAUGAUGAAGAGUCUCUGGAGUGCCUUUGCAGGCUUCUCACCACCAUCGGCAAAGACCUUGACUUUGAAAAGGCAAAGCCUCGAACGGAUCAGUACUUCAAUCAGAUGGAAAAAAUCGUGAAAGAGAGGAAAACGUCGUCUCGGAUACGCUUUAUGUUGCAGGAUGUCAUUGAACUGAGAAUGCACAACUGGGUGUCCAGACGAGCUGACCAGGGGCCCAAAACCAUUGAACAGAUCCACAAGGAGGCCAAAAUUGAAGAGCAGGAAGAGCAAAGAAAGGUGCACCAGCAGCUGCUCUCCAAGGAAAACAAGAGACGAGAUCUACGAGAACAGAGAGAGCCACGCAUGCCCAGAGAAGAGACCUGGAAUAAUAGUGUGCCCAUGACCAAGAGCAGCAGGACCAUCGAUCCUAAUAAGAUCCCAAAGAUCUCGAAGCCUCAGAUGGAUGAGAAAAUCCAGCUUGGCCCAAGGGCUCAAGUCACGUGGGUGAAGGGUAGCAGCGGCGGAGCCAAAGCCAGCGAUUCAGAAGUAUCGCGGAGCGCCAGCAACCUCAACCACUACUCAGCCCUGCAGUCAACACUCUCGUCUCAACAAGCCUCGUCGAGUUCUCAACAAAAUCCGGACUUCAACUCUAGGAGAACUCUCGGAAGCUCUCGUAGCAGCACAGUGCGAGAGCGUAGCGAGAAGCCACAGGUCCAUACGGUGCCAUCGUUGUCCUCGUCGCUGAGGCCCACGUCGUUUAACAGGAGCGACAGUUCAAAGGAGCUGCGAGACAGCCAACCCCCGGAGGAGACGCGGAGGGAGCGGGAAACUGAAGCGGCUGAGCCCCGCAGAUUGAGCGUUACGGAGGACAAGUCAGAGGUGGAACCAGAGCGUAGUAGGACUAGAGAACCCGUUAAACCUGAGCCAGUGGCACCAACGCCAGAGAGGCUGGUCCUGUCUGAGGAGGACAUGGAGAGGAAGUCCAAGGCCAUCAUUGAUGAGUUCCUCCACAUUAAUGAUUAUAAGGAGGCUGUUCAAUGUGUGAACGAACUGGUUUCGUCCUCUCUGCUGCAAACCUUUGUGCGCGUCGGAGUGGAGUCCACGCUGGAGCGCAGUCAGAUUACGAGGGAACACAUGGGGCUGCUCUUCUUCCAGCUGGUCCAGCAGGGAGUCCUGCCAAAAGACCAGUUUUACAAAGGGUUCGCCGACAUCCUGGAACAGGCGGACGACAUGGCCAUCGACAUUCCUCAUAUCUGGCUGUACCUGGCCCAGCUGCUAACCCCCGUGUUGAAGGACGGAGGCUUCUCUAUGAGAGAGCUCUUCAGUGAAUUAAGCAAACCUCUUCUCGCUGUGGGAAGAGCAGGAAUCCUAAUAUCUGAAAUACUGCACAUACUAUGCAAACAAAUGAGCCAUAGAGCUGUGGGAUCUCUGUGGAGGGAAUCAAACCUCAGUUGGCCUGACUUCCUGCCAGAGGGAGAGGACGUCCACGCCUUUAUCUCAAAACAGAAGUUGGAGUUCACCAUGUCGGACGCCACCUCCGGAGCAGCUCGGUCCAAAAAGACGCUUUCACCCGAGGAGCUAAGCCAGCAACUGGAGAGGCUCCUGUUGGAGGACAUGGCCAGUGAUGAGCAGAUCUUUGACUGGGUGGAGGCAAACCUGGACGAACCUCAAAUGAGCUCUUCACCUUUCUUAAGGGCGUUGAUGACGGCGGUGUGCAAAGCAGCAGUGAAAGACAUCGGCAGCAAUUGUCGGGUAGACACGGCCAUCAUCAAAAGGAGGCUUCCCGUAUUACUCAAGUACCUUAACUCAGACACUGAGCGACAGCUACAAGCACUUUAUGCACUACAGACGCUGAUAGUCUCCCUCGAUCAGCCUCCCAACCUCCUGCGGAUGUUUUUCGACUGCCUCUAUGACGAGGACGUUAUCUCGGAGGACGCGUUCAACAAGUGGGAGAUCAGCAAAGACCCAGCGGAGCAGAACGGCAAAGGCGUGGCCCUCAAGUCGGUGACUGCCUUCUUCACGUGGCUACGGGAAGCCGAAGAGGAGUCCGAGGACAAUUGACACCCAAGCUCAACAAAACCUCGGACACGAACGACCUGUUCACGUUCGCUGGAAUUCCUUUUUCUGCGGUACGGUUCAAAAACAUGCCGCCAUUUUCAGUUUGGAUUCCGACGGCGAAGCACUAAAUACUUGUAUUAUACAUAGAAAAUAUUUUUGUUUUAAAUUUUAACUUUUUUGUUACUUUUUAAGAAGAGACUUAAAAAAGAAGCAUAGGUUCUGGACACUUUAAUUUAUUAUUUUUUUAAGGACUGCAAAUAUGGACUCAAGAAUCUGAAGACAGAAAUAACAAUAUAAUUAAUAAUAAUAACAAAAUAAUCAUUUUGACAAAGGAAUAGAAUGGCUUCCCAGGAUUCUACACUGUUUGGUUUAAAACAGGGUAGCACAAAAUCAUUGGAGGAUGAAAGGGAAGCCAAGUUUGUGGUCAAAAUAAUGCAAAAAGUCUCCCUAGGCCUCUGCUUUUGCUGCUCUUGCCAAUACGUCGCGUUCACUGAGCGAUGGGAAACGGACAAGUGCUGACGAACAAAGUGGAAGCGGAACCUACAAAAUGCCAGGAGGGAGGACAGCGCUCAUGAGAAAAAUGCUUGUAAUACUUAAGCCCUACACGGCCCAUGAAAUGCUUGUAAAUACAUUAAAGAUGGAGAAAAAAUAUCUCAAAACUUG